UGUCAUCAUAGAUUUCUACAAUAUACUUCACCUCGGCAAAAAGGAAAAGAUGUAAACAUUUCGUGAAUUUCUUCUGUUAUUAUUGAUUGUUUCGUAGAGAAGAUAUAUAUUUUUUAAGAAAGACAAGAGUCCAUAAAGGCUGUCCUAAAUGUCAAGGAAAUUGUCAAUUAUUGUCAGGACAUGUUUCAUUACUGUGUAAUUGUUUACUGAUGACCAUUUUAUUGUUAACACCUUAAAUCAGGAAUAAACCGUCAAAACGAGGGAGAAUUAUCACUAUAGUAAAUUCUUGGAUGCAAGAUUAUUACUGAGUAGUGAAAUAGAUAAUUAGAAGUGUGAGGUCAAUUCAAUGGACUACAUCUGAGAUUCUUUGUUUGGACACAGGACAAAGGACAGGAAGUCAAGCUUGCACACUUACAACAUGUGCUCAAGGAAGACCAGGUGAACAGAUCACUGUGUGAAUACCUCUUGAAUCAAAAGGUAGAAUCAAAUCAUUUCAUUCAUGAUCAUACACCAAUGUGGGAGCAUCAGAGAUAGUAGUCUAUUAGGUGUGGUGGACAUUUUAAUAUAAUUGACGUGAUAAGUUGUUGUUUAUACACACUUACGACAAUAAGAUUGUUUUCUUAUGAAGGAUUAUAUUUAUCGUAUGAAGGACACAUUGGUGGUUUUUAUGUAAUACCACACUUCCUAUUGUUUCAGGUGUGUUCGUGACACAUUUUGUUUUCUCGUUUAUGUCAAAGACGCAUAAUUUAAUUUAGUGAACAAUGGAGGAAGAAGUAGUCGUUCAAUCCAUCGGAGCAAAAAGGGAAGUAGUUAGCAUAAGUAACGCUGUAAGUUUUGAUUUAAAACAUUUUUAUCCUUCAUAUACUGCAACUGUUUCUUCAUGUAAAAGAUGUUUAAAAGAACGUUCUAAAGGGAACAAUAGAUGGAGACAAAAGCCAAAGAAGAGAGAAAAAUUUAACAAAUCUAAUACACCAAUUGUUAUUCCUUUGAAAGACACUUUGAAAGCUGCUCUGAACAGAAAACAGCGAUCUCUUGCUGACACUUUGCUCAGGGCUAAGAAGGACACAACUGAUACUGACAGUAAAAGUUCAGAGAGUGAUGCUCAAGAAGAAAUAAUUAGUCCCAAAGAAAUUAAAACAAAGAAAGACGUUAAAAAUCUUAGUGCCUUGAUCUCAGUCUUAGAAAAAUCUCAUCAGAAAGACACUUAUAGUGCUACUACAAAUAAAAAUUCCAAAAAAUCCUAUUCAAAAUUUGUUGCAAAUUAUGUGUUGAAUAAUUCGUAUAUAUUGCCAGAGAGUAAUGAUAAGCCUCGUAGUAUUGGGGAGUGUGACAAUGUUGACGUGAUAUGCAAUGAUUUGAAUUCAAGUGAGAAAAGUUCAAUUACUGAGGAAUCAGAGAGUGACAAUGGUUCUGUUGUUUCUAGUUCUGAAAUCCAGUCUGACUCUGAUUUGUCAAGUACUCAUCAGGAAACAACAGAAUCAGAAUUUACAAAAGAUGAGCUUGAACAGCUGGCUAGAUAUACUACAGGUUGUCCGUUGAUCCGUUAUGAUUGUCCCCCUGCCGACUGUCCACAAUGUCAGUCUGAUCUCUACCAACUACAGUACUAUUGUAAUACAUUAGAGGAAGACCCCAAGUCUAAGGAGGUUCAUCAAGUUAAAACAACAGAGAUUUCACAAGAUGUACAGGAACAGGCUGAAUGCAGUGCCGAAAUCACUGUUUCAAAUACUAGUACUCCAGAAAUCCAAGGCAACUCCACCGAUAGUGCCCUCUCUCGCAAGCGAAAUCCACCGAAUGAUAACACUCUAUCAAAAGACAAGAAUGCACAAACCAAGAAACAACUUCUUGAUAUUGACAUUGCAAAGAAAGAAAACAAGUCUGGUACCUACUUGUAUCCAGACAGUGUUUUCAUAGAUCUCACAGACACUGAUGUUACUUUUACUGUCUAUUACAAUCAUAACUAUCCAUUUGGUAACCAAACCAACGAUUUUUCCUAUGCAAAUUCUCAAUCUACAUAUCCAUUAAUGUCGUAUUCAAGCACAACGAUGUCCUACAUGGCCAUGUCACCAUACUGGUACUGGCCAUACAUGUACCCACCCAUGUACAACCUAUCAUCACCGCUCUACAUGGCUACUGAUACCAGCAGCAUUCCUAAAACUUUGAUGAUUCCACCAGAAGAACUAAGUUCCUUCAAUAGCACAGCCCCACCAGAAAGGCAAUGGAUGUUCCUGUCACCUCCCGACAAGACCAAAGCAACAGCUACGUUCACUGUGAUGUGCUAUAAUGUCUUGUGUGAUAAGUAUUGUACCAGACAACUGUACGGGUAUUGUCCAUCAUGGGCCCUCAACUGGGAUUUCCGUAAGAAAGGCAUCAUGGAUGAGAUCAAACACUAUGGGGCUGACAUCAUAUGUCUACAGGAAGUAGAGACAGAUCAGUUCUACAACUUCUUCCUUCCAGAUCUCAAAGCCAUUGGAUAUGAUGGAAUAUUCUCAGCAAAGUCUAGAGCCAGAACCAUGACAGAAUCAGAGAGAAAACAUGUUGAUGGAUGUGCCAUAUUCUACAGAACUAACAAAUUUACACUGGUCAAAGAACAUUUGAUAGAAUUUAACAAGUUAGCAAUGGCAAACGCUGAAGGUUCGGAUGACAUGUUGAAUCGUGUAAUGACAAAGGAUAACAUUGGCCUGGCAGCACUGUUAGAAACCAAGGAAGGAGCUUAUGAGAAUGUACACCCUCAAGAGAACCAGAUACGUCAGCCAGUAAUGGUAUCUACUGCUCAUAUUCACUGGGAUCCAGAAUUCUCAGAUGUCAAACUCAUACAGACAAUGAUGUUAGUCAAUGAACUGAAGAAGAUCACAGAAGAAACAAUCCAAAGCUACAAACUGGGAACUACAGAUGUCAAUACUAUACCACUCAUUAUGUGUGGUGAUCUCAACUCUCUCCCUGACUCAGGGGUAGUGGAAUAUCUAGUUUCUGGAAAAGUGGCAAACAAUCAUAUUGAUUUUAAAGAAAUCAGCUAUGAGGAAAUUCUGCACAGAAUAUGUGUGAAAAAUGAAAAAGAUAUUCUUUCUCAUGAUUUCCGCCUUAACAAAGCUUACGACGAUAUCAUGCCUUUUACAAACUACACGUACGACUUCAAGGGUGUCAUUGACUAUAUUUUCUAUUCACGGGAACACUUCAAUCUGCUUGGAAUGCUUGGUCCACUAGACGAGGGAUGGUUCCGUCAGAACAAAGUUGUAGGGUGUCCACAUCCACAUAUUCCAUCGGAUCAUUUCUCAUUGCUUGUGGAUAUUGAAAUGUCGUUACCGUUUCCCAGUGGAAGGAGUGCGAAUGGUCCAGCUAGCCAUAGAUAGUGCCUAUAGAUAACAACUCUAACAGUAUCAUUAGCCAAAUUUGAUUCAUAACAGUCACGUUUUUCACAUUUUUGUAUCAUACUGAAUCAAUUGUACAGAAAUUUUUAAGAAUCUAUUUAUGUAAUUUAUUUGGUCUCAAUUUUUUUUAUAAAUUUCAUCACAUAUUUGUGAAAUUAUUAUAACAAAUGUGAUAUCUUGAUCAAGUUGAUCAGAAAUUUUAAGUCUACGAGCCAAUAAAGCCUUCAGGGUAUUCACAUUACAGUACUAUAUGAGAUCAUGUUAAGAUAGAUGGAGAAAAGGUAUUUUUAUAACAACUUUUCCCGUACAAUUUAGAUCAAGGUGAAUUUGAUAACAAAUCAAGUACAUGAGAUGACAUUUCUUACAACUUCAAAAGGAAAAUUGCAGCUUUGUAAAAUUGAAAUUCAGUUUGAACACUGCCACUACAGGAUUUUGUUAUGUAAUAAUGAAUUUUACUAUGUAAAUUGAUGUAAUUAAUUUUGUAUUAACAUAAUGCUUACUUUCUCAAAUGAUUGAUCUUGAUAUUUUUGGAAGCAUUAGGGGUUAUGGGAAAUUUUUCCUAACUUUGUUUCCUUGGGGUUAUAUUUUAAUGAGAGAGAGAGAGCAUUUUUCCCAUUAUGGAAUAUUUUUUUGCUUUAAAUCUUAAAAAUUAGAGUUAAUUUUGUUACAUAAACUUAUUUGCCUUAAUUAGAUGUAUUAUAGAUUCUGUUUGUUGGAUAAUUCUAACACUAAUAUUAUUUGCAUAUAUUUCCUUGUUAUCCUGUUAUAUUUCAACAUUGAAAGAAAUCGUGUAAUUUACAUAAUUCAUUGACAGGAAUUUUUAAACUAGAACAACUUAAAAUACGAUAAAUAUUGAAUAAUGUAAAACAUUUAGAUAGGGCCAUUGAUAAAACGAGCAUGAAUGAUUUUUUUUCUACGAAAUAAUGAUAUAAGGCAUGAGGACCACCAGAUAAAAUAAAAUUACCAAAAAACUUUUAAAUUUAUUAUUCUGGGUGGCAGGUCCGCAUUUGUUGUAUUUGACCAUCUAAAGAUUGUACAUAGAGGUUUCUUCAUUUAAUCAUAUACCGUUAUCACAUUAUGGGCAGCUAUCCCUCGUCACAAGGAUUUCAUGUUAAUCUGUUUUCAUUCUUGUGCUAUCUCACGACUUUUGGCAAAAGUUAAUUUUAAUAAUUUUCUGUUACCAAAUCAAACCUUUUGGGAAAUAUCAAUGUCUGUUUUAAAUCUGAGUUAUAUUUACUGAUUAAUACAUGCAUAAGAAACUGGUUAAAUUUAUGUGAUUUGAAAUGUGUUUUAUGGUUAACAUAUGUGAAUAAUUACAAUAAUUAAAUAUGCAUGUAUUGAUAUGAAAUAUGUUUAGUUAUGACUAUGUCUUUAAUUUGUCAAUUAAAAAAGCAUAUUAGUUUGAGCAAUAGUUUUGUACAAAAACUGAAUACUGUGGAUUCAUUAUAAUUCGUUGGAUACCAAUUUUCGUGGGUUUCAUGGUUACAGGCGAACCAUGAAUUCAAAAAUGUUCAACGAAUUGCAGAUUUUUUAAAAGCUUUGAAUGCAGAGAUUGGCAAUAACCAUGAAAUCAAUUAUCCACAAAUAUACAAGUUUUCCUCAAUCCACGAAAAAUAAAUGAAUCCACAGUUGGAGAUAUAUUAACUUAUCCACCUGAUAAGGAUUUGUUUGUAAUAUCUAUAUAUCAACAUAUUUAGGGUGUUCCUAUAUAUUUAAAAUUUGAAGUAAAAAAAAGUGAACUUAAAUUAUGUUGGUUUGAAGUGAUUAAAAUUUGGUUGUCAAGUAAUUUCAGUAUAACCAUGUGUUUGUAUUGGUGUAAAUAUUUUUGAAAAGGCUUAAUUCUGUUUACCACAAAGUCCUUUUUUUUUUGCACUAGCAAAGUAUGUCCAAAAUACAGCAAAACAGGAAAGUGAUUCUCCUAUACAGUUGAAAGAUAUAUUUUGUCAAAGUGAAGUCAUGUAUAAGCCUCACUUUCAGAUGCUUGGCAUUUUGGACCCAUGAAAAAAACCUUGCUGUUAAUUUUAACAAAAAGUUAAUAUUUUAAAGUCUCUUUAUUUGACCAAAUUUAGAAAAAAAACACAAUAUUGAUAAAAUUGGUAUAAAUCAUUUAAAAUGGUAACAUUAAUUAAAUGUGUAUAUAUUGACCUGUUUGAGUAAAUAUUCAAUCUGCUUUUGAGAAUUAAGCCUUUUUAAAAAGGUUGGCCAAUAGCUUGUAUUAUAUAGUGUGUAUAUUAUUGUUGCUUCGCUUGAUUGGUAAAUUUUUUCAGUUUUAUUAUGUACGGGGCCAACUUAUGAUAAAAUAUAAGUUUUUUGAAAGUAAAAAAUUGAUAAUUAGCACCAAGUUUAUAUGGAGAGUCUUCAUUAAAUCAUGCUCUAUGGAUAUGUGAGGUAUGUUUUAACAACAAAGUAUCAUAUGAAAAACAUCAUAAAAGAUAAUUUUAUGAGAAAAUCUAUCAUGAAUCAAAGCUCAUAAAUAAUGAACCAAAGCAGGGAAUUAUUGUACAUUGUUGUAUGUUUUGUGUUAAACACAUAUUUAUUAUGAUCUGAGUUGUGCAUGCUUUUUAUGUUUGGUGUGUGGAAGUGCUUUUAAUUUUGCAGUAUUACCCAUUUGAUUCCAUUUUACAUCACCAAGUGACCUCAUAUACCUGUUUUAUUAAGAGAUUAAAAAAAAAAACAGUAUAUUAAAAGUGUUUUUAUACAACUUGUGUCUUUUCAAAUAUCAGAAGAAAAAAAGAUUUGAAAAAAACAAUUCAAUGAAAAUUUUAUAUCUACCACAUAUCAGGAAUACAAAAAUAAAUCAAAUUCAAAAAUUUUCGAGUACAGAUUAUGAGGUCACUACUACCACACAACAAAAACUAUAUAUUUGUACUUUUCACAAUCUUACUAAAUGGCAUUGAACUCUUGGUCAGUAUUUAUGCUUAAUUUCAUUCAGACAAUAUUUUAUUGCUACUCACAUUUUGUUACUGAAGAAUAUUGUUAUUCAAUCAAUGGAUACCUUGGCUUUUUUUAUAAGAACAUAUGAUAUUUCAUUUAAAAAAAUCUGCAAAGUAAAUAAUUAUUGUUUUCAAUAUUUUGACUAAAAUUAUCUUUUCCAUGCUAAAUCGAAGUUACAGAUAGAUCAUAAGUUGUCUUGCCUUAUUUCUUUUAUAAAGAAUUUAAAUGACGAACCAGAAUUUGUGUAGCAAUAACACUUCCGAAGGUUGAUGAUAGUACGUCACCACUUUAUAUGUUGUCAUUAUUACAUUCCUAAAGGAAACACAUUUGGUAAUACUCCUGUUGCAUUUAGGAUUAAAUAUGUCUUUUGUAUAUUGUGUUAAAAUCUCAAGGAAAUAAAAUCUUUGUAAUAAAUAUUUUAA